AUGCAAUUGAUAGGAGAUAUCGCAUGCCAUUCAAAUUUCAAAGGACUAUUCAAAGUCCCAUUCGAAUGCCAUCCAGAUAUCUCAAAAGAGCAUGAUACUUACAUUGAGGGUGUGGUGUGCAAAGAGGAAGAUAUCAACGAAAAUGAGAUGAAAAUGCUACCGUUGGGAAAGAAUGGAAAGAAUAUUUUGUUGAUUAAACAGAAUGGAGAAUUGCACGCGAUUGGUACCAAAUGCACGCAUUACGGUGUCCCGCUACAUAUCGGCGCGUUAGGGGAAGGACGAGUGAGAUGUCCAGCGCACGGUGCAUGCUUCGAUAUUAAAACUGGGGAUAUUGUAGAUUAUCCAGGCUUGAAUUCUUUACCAUGCUAUGAGGUUUGCGUAGGCAAGACUGGUCUUGUCCACGUAAGAGCCAAAAGUACAGAGCUGAAUAGUGACAUACGUGUGAAGGAUAUGUCUGCACGUGAUCCUGAAAAUACAAAGACUGUCAUAAUAGUUGGUGGUGGACCAUCGGGUGCUACCUGUGCAGAGAGUUUGCGACAGGAGGGUUUUACAGGACGCAUCAUUAUGAUAUGCAGAGAGAACGUAAUACCUUAUGAUCGGGUAAAGGUAUCCAAGAAAUUAAAUUUCGAUGUUCAUUCUGCGACAUUACGAUCGCCCUCGUUUUAUAAGAAACAUAAUAUUGAAACGAAACUGAGAGUAAAAGCAAUAGGUUUAGAUACGACUGAAAAUACUGUCAAGCUGAGUAAUAACGAGAAUUUCGUGUAUGAUUAUUUAUUUAUUUGCACAGGCAGUAAACCGAGAAUGUUAAAUGUGCCUGGAGCAAAUUUAUCAAAUAUUUUUGUUCUGCGAGAUUACACAGAUUCACAAGGCGUACAAGCACUUCUAUCCCCCAAGAAACAUGUAGUUGUUCUAGGAUUAGGCUUUAUUGGCAUGGAAAGCGCGGCUUAUUGUAUCGAUAAAUGCGCGUCUGUCACAGUAAUAGGAUGGGAUACUGUACCCUUCAGAGAGAUAUUCGGCGCGGUUAUUGGUAAUAGAAUUAAAAAAGAGCAUGAGGCAAAAGGUGUGAAGUUUAUCUUCAAAAAUAAUAUUAAGCAAUUUAUUCCUAAGAAAGGUGAAGAGAAUGUUUUGGCUAAGGUCGAACUUACAGACGGCCAGAUUCUACCAGCAGAUAUAGUUAUCGUUGGAAUAGGAUCCACUUUUUACACUGAAUGGAUGAAAAAAUCUUCUGUCACAAUGAGGGACGAUGGCUCUAUUCCAGUAAAUAAGCAUUUAAGGACAAAUGUGGAAAAUAUAUAUGCUGGAGGUGACAUAGCUUACGCACCGAUAUAUGGAUCUGACGACACGUUCGCUGCGAUAGGUCAUUAUGCUCUAGCUCAUUAUCAUGGAAAAAUUGCGGCUUUAAAUAUAUGCUGUAAAGAAACUUCCUUGAAGUCUGUACCGUUCUUCUGGACGACUUUACUGCGUAGAAGUUACAGCUAUGCAGGCUACGGAAAACCUAUUAGUAUAAAGAUUUAUGGCUCACUGGAUAAACUGGAAUUCUUCGCUUAUAAUCUUAAAGGUGGCAAAGUAAUAGGAAUUAGCAGUGUUAAUGCCGAUCCAGUUGUGGCAGAUUUUGCAAAUUUACUUUAUGAGGGAAAGAUCUUAACAGAAGAAGAAAUUAAUACAGAUCCGUUUGGUUGGAUGAGAAAUAAACCAAAAAAUCUAUCAACUCGGUUUCAAGAAAGCUUUUUAGUCAAUGCUUAAGUUUGUAUUGUUUAACAUGAACAAUAUAAUUUAAUGCUUUAAAAUAAUGUUACAGUAUUUGUUUCAAUUUUUACCUUGUAAUUCGCAAUAUACGACAAUCUUAUUAGAUAAACUUA